AUGGCUCUCGAGUCUCGAUCGUGUGCCUCAAUCACCAAGUACGGAUACGAGGGAGCAUACACCAGAGUCGGUCAAGCAAAGCCGGCCCCUUUGACUCCUGCCCCGCAGCCGCUUUGCGUCGGCACAUACACAUACUUGGGCCCACGUCCUGGAAGCGCGACUGGCGCAGCACACUCCAUGUUCGAUCCGACGCUCGGCGGAGCAAAGUUGGGAGCGGAAGAUGAAGUGCAGUUGCACAGCUUCGAAUCUGCCGAAGAGUUCUUCCGCGUGCUCUCUGACUUUUUAGGUCAGAACGAGAAGCCGUCAAGAUCUGUGACUGGAGCGAAGGCGAGCGGAGGGGAAGAGAAUCUGAGUAGGCUGGUCGCUAUCGUGAGUCAAAUGUUGGUCAUGUCCGCAUCACGGAGUCGUGGGGCAAAGUUGCGUGCCUGCGUUCAUCAUGAUGAUGGAGCGAACGGGCACCAUGAUGGAUAGCAGGCACGAGUCAAAGGAGGCGCCGAGUAGCUGCUGGCACUCGUGACUGUCGAUCGACUCAGCAUCUGAGGUAAGGGAUUGGAGCACCGGUCCAGGUCUGGGAAGGUCUGUGCGCGACCUGCUUGGUUGUCGCAAAGAUGCCUGGUGGGAGGAGAACAGCUAGGCUAAGGGACGUUUGGCCUCAAAUCCGCAGCUUGAGCAAUACCAAGAACAAUCAUAUCUCCUCGACCCGUACCUGGACCGCAUAGUCACGCCAACGGUCCACCAAUUUCAGAGCCUCGUGAGGAGGCGCUACGGUGCAGACACUUUCCAGGAUGGCCCUGCUGCAGACGUGAAACGUCUAGACGAAAUCUCAAAGCUGUUGUAUAUCUUCACUAAAAUUCGAGGCUACAAGACCAUAGGUGAGUCGCUCGAGCAAGGAGUCAUAAGAUUGCUGGGUGGGCUAGUACACGAAAGGGCGCGUUACGCUCACAGCCGAAAGCGGAGAUGAGGCCUGUGGUGGGCGGAUGACGCGCUGAUCAAAGGCUCGAGGCCGCAUGGACGAGACGAAACCGAUGCCAGUCCGGCUUUUCACGCCUGCGUCGGAUGACGGUGUCGUCGUUGUAGUUGCAACGCUGACGCCGUGCUGGCCUUUCAGUCCGCUUCUUUCCUCACACCGUUCAAGACCUGCUUCCUGCAUUGCAAUUCUUGGAAGGCGAGACUGUCAUCUCUGGAGAUGCCAGCAAAGCAUUGCUACAAGCUGGACCUCCACGUACGGGCGCCUCUUGGGAGCUGAGGUACGCGCUGUUGCUUUGGCUAAGCUUGGUCUGCAUGAUUCCAUUUGAUUUGCAAAAGUUCGAUCAAGGAGCCACGAGCAACGAGAAUUCCUCAGGCGGCAUCGAGAGAGCUACAGAGAGAGCCAGUAUUGUUGCAAGGCUUGUGGACGUAAGCACAGCCUUCAUUAGCGCUCCUGGUAAAGAGCGGGAAGCAGCUGCCGUACUGCUGGGCAAGCUAUUUCAGAGGUGAGCGCGGAGAUGGGGUCCUGCUUUCUCGAGUCCCUUUCUCACCCUUCGCCUUUCCAUUUCUUCCCUUUUUAGGCGCGAUGCGGCCUCGAGCCAUCUCCCUACAUACCUAAGCUGGUGCUAUGCAACACUGCUCCCGCCCGCUCAACCCUCUGCACUCUUGGUGAGCAGGCAGCUGCUAGCCGUGUGCAAUGUUAAACCCCUUUUGACCCUUUUGUUCUUUUUAGGCGACAGGGAUCAUGCACUCUCUCUGCGAGAUUGUCAAGGUGUCGGAUGCAUCGGCGCUAGGCGAUGACCUUGGUGCGAUCAAUAGCAUCCUGGACAUCUACGCUCCGCCAGCGGGAGGCCCAACGGAUGUGCCGCAAGUGCUGGAAGACAGAAACAGAGAAGGUCUCCUUGGUAACAGCCUACUGACUAAAUACAGGACCAAAUUAACCUCGAGACUGGGACUUAAGCUGCUCAAGCCUAGAAAACGAAGGAGAGUGCAGAAAGGUGAGAGAGAGAAGUGGGGCUGACUAAGCAACGCAGGAAAGAUGGACUCACGGAGUCCACGGUUAUGCCUCAGCACAACCUCUACUGAGGACGAGUAACUUCGAAGCCUCGCGCAUGGCUACUUCAGACGCAAUCGACCAGGAAGAAAUAGAGCAAGGUGGCGAUGAAGUUCCGGAGGAGGUCGAUGGAUGCAUAGCUAGGAUACUCAAUUCCCUUCAAGAUAAGGCGAGUCGAGCUCAUCUUCAUUGCUGACUAUGCUGCUGGCGCUGACAUUGGGGAGCUCGCACCUUAGGACACUGUCGUGCGCUACUCGGCAGCCAAAGGCCUUGCACGAAUAUGCGGACGCCUGCCAAACUCCUUCUCCGAUCAGGUAGCAGAUGCGAUUACAGACCUCUUUAAACUCAACGUCGUCGACAAUUUGGGAGAAGCAGAGGAUCUCAGCAACGUCAGCGAGUACACAUGGCACGGCGCUUGUCUGGCUGUGGCCGAGCUGGCGAGGCGAGGCUUGCUCAACCCAGAAGAGCUGGAUGAGAAGCUGAUUUGGGUCAGCAAGGUAAGUGCUGCGUAGAGCCAGCGGUGGACCUCUUAGCCGGAACGCGUCGGGUGUUGCUACAUCUUCAUGGUAUUAACCCUCUGCCUCGCUCUCAAAAAGGCCCUACUGUUCGAUGUCCGUAGAGGCGCUCAUUCCGUUGGCACGGGCGUGCGCGACGCUGCUUGUUAUGUGCUCUGGGCCCUAGCUCGUGCGCACGAUGCCAAUGCUCUCCGGUCACAUGCCAUUUCUUUGGCGCAGAGGCUGGUCAAUGUGGCUUGUCUUGACAGAGAUGUGUCCAUUCGAAGAGCUGCGAGUGCGGCCUUUCAGGAAUGUGUAGGCAGGCUUGUGAGUAGUACGUGGGACCAUCAAAGGUCACCCACUUGAGUUGACGUAUCUCGCUCGCCUUGCCAUGGCUUUCCUCACGCGCAACGCAGAACAUCUUUCCGCACGGCAUUGAUGUCAUCCGCAAAACGGACUUUUAUGCGGUCAGCAUUCGGAAGCAUGCCUUCUUGGCAUGCGCACCUCUGGUAGCUGGUCACGAUGUCUACCGACAGAGUCUAUUGACACAUCUUCAAGACAUCACGCUCAAGCAUUGGGAUCCCAACAUGCGGGAGCUGGCUGCUCAAGCAAUUGCUAAUAUCGCGAGCGUUGAUUUCGGUAACCUUGCACCCCUCUUAGUCAAAGGCUUUGUGAGUGCGCACGUUGACACCAACGAACGAAAUCGUUCUGACGCCACGACGACUCUCAGUGCACGAGAUGCUCCACAGGACAAGCAACCCAGCUGCACGGUAGCCUUCUGACGCUCAGCGAGCUCUGCAAGGCUUCGCAUGAGUUUGGGCAAGAGCUUGAGCAGUCCAUCAAGAUCGAGGUGAGUGGCACUGCGAGUCUUGUAUUGAGAAUGAAUGCUGAAGUCCGAUUUGGCUUGGUCGGCUCCGUCUCAGGCUUUCAAAGCUCUCGAGCUUGUACCUAGGAGUGUCUUUCGCUCUAUGGGCGCAAAUCUGGUCCUGUUUGCAGCCUGCAAGCUGCUUUCGUCAAGCGCAAACGAAGUUUCGUUGUCGAGUGCUGCCGCUACAAAGCCCACCGAGGCCAGCUGGUCAGUCAUUGUCAGUGCCGCCAUUGCUCGAUCAGACAUUUCAGCACAGAUUGCAGCGGCAGAAGCGCUAUCAGAAGCCAGCCAAUUUCAAGACUGCACCUCACGCAUCAAGAGCACGAUCGAGCGAUGGAGAGGUAUCCCUGCGGCGGAACAGCAAGGGCAUACAAGAGUGCUGGGAAUGUACUGCUUCCGAGAGUUUCCCGAGGCAUUCGAGGAAACGAUGCGCUUUUUGCUCAGCCUGCUGAAUGAACAGGUGAGUAUCUGCGGUAGAAAUUCCUCGCACUUCGAUUCUGAUUUGAAGUACAUUUGCAGAGCGCGAGCUAUAGCUCCGUCAUUGAGACGAGGCAGAACGCUUGCGCUGCUUUAGUCCAAGCAGUUCAGAAUUUGGGCUCCACUUUCGGCAACUGUGAGUCUUCCCUACAGGACUGAUCUGCCCUGACAGUCACUCAAACCCAAUGGUGCGCUUCCUAGUGUGUUCUCCAGAAUUGGGUCAAGAAGUCUUCAAGGCCCUCUUGAGAGGUCUGAACGACUAUACGACCGACCAAAGAGGAGACGUGGGCUCGUGGGUACGUCUGGCCUGUGUGGCGGGUCUACGGACGCUGGUGGACCUGCACAGGACAUCCAUUGAACACCUCGUCUUGGAAAGAUCGUUUGAGGCGUGGUUGCCCCUGCACACUUUCCACGACAUCGUUGCAGGCUUGCUCAAACAAACUGUCGAGCGCAUCGAUAGUGUGCGCGCCGUGGCCGGCUCCCACUUGCUGAGCAUGUGCCGAGAUGCCAGCGAUGAUCACCGUGCGAAAGCCAGGGGCAUGCACACGCCCGAAGGAAUGGCGAUAAUAGACCGGCAUUUCCCGAGGUUAGCUGAGGUGGUUGUAGGUUUGGUUAUGAUACGCACUGACCAUCCAAUCUUUAAAUUGAACGCGUGCAGAGAUACUACAGCAGAGCUAGCUCAGCCAUCAUGGUUAUUUCCGAGAGCGACCGAGCUACUUGUCAUCCCUCGAUAUCGCCGAGAGCUCUUGCAAGGCUUGGUGCUGAGUCUCGGCUCAAAGACGGAGAUGGCGGUGAGUGCUUGCUGUAUGUUGCACUGCGCGCCUGGGCAGCUUAUCCAUGAGAUGAUCGUCGCAGUAUCGCGAUGUGGCGUCUUCGCUUGCCACAUUCGCCCUAUCAACCACCUCACACCGUGACAAGAUCGAGGUAGAGGGCUUUGAGCCUUACACUCCUCUGCAGCUAUUGAAAGAUCUUCAUCAGCUAGCUGUGAAGAAUUACGCGGCAAAUCAGACAUUUGUGCCGGCAUUGCAAGCAAUCAGCACCCUUCUCGCAGCGGGGGUUUACGAAGCCCGUUUUGGCCAGGCAGUAGGCAGUGACGAAGGGAUUCUUGAUUCCCAAAAUGACAGCUUACCCAGCUCCGCGAGGGCGUCAGAGGCCGACGAGCAACUUCGCAAGACCUUGAACCUUGUGCAACGCAGCGUUGAUCGAAUCAAAGCUCGGCAAAGGGUAGUAGCAUGCAUGCAGCUCAACGUCAACCUCUUACGAGUACCUGCAUUGCGCUUGCAAAUUCUAGACAAGAUGCACCUCUUUCUGGCAUCCGAGGGCAUACCCACGCUUAGAACCUCCACUGCUGAAAUGCUCUUCGGUGUUCUACAGGAGGUGGACACUUCAUCUACACAGGACAAGGAUGGGACGGAAGCCGAAAAUGAGGAAACGAUGGAGCAGGUGGAAGAGCUCUUGUUGGAGACUGCGUGGGCAGAUGAACCUAUAGAAAGAUGUAGGGCCAAGACGCGCCAAUUGGUCCAGUAUCUGAAACUUGCGUGGCAUCUGCAGCCGCAGAUCAAUGCUACGCCUUGA